CGAGAAAUUACCCUGUGACCAUUGGUGACUCCGCUCGACUGCGGAGCUGGAGGCGGGAGGAGCCGAGUCCCCGAGCUCGGAGGUCCCAGAUCUGGGCUGCAGGAGGCCCGGGUCGUGGGGCUAAGGGGCACGCCAGGGUGGCCGCGGGGAGUUUGUGCUGGGAAAGAAGAGAGCGAAAUGUCAGCGGACUCACACCAGGAACGGCUGUCCCAGCCAGAUCCAUCUCCAUCACCAAACUCUUGCAGUUCCUUUGAGCUAAUAGACAUGGAUGCUGGCAGUUUGUAUGAACCAGUUUCUCCUCAUUGGUUCUAUUGUAAGAUUAUAGAUUCUAAGGAGACAUGGAUUCCUUUCAACUCUGAGGAUUCACAGCAGCUGGAAGAGGCAUAUGGCUCUGGAAAAGAUUGUAAUGGGAGAGUAGUCCCCACUGAUGGGGGCAGAUAUGAUGUACAUUUGGGGGAGAGGAUGCGGUAUGCGGUAUACUGGGACGAGCUAGCCUCAGAAGUGAGGCGUUGUACCUGGUUUAACAAAGGAGACAAAGAUAAUAAGUAUGUUCCUUACUCGGAGAGCUUCAGCCAAGUAUUAGAGGAGACUUACAUGCUUGCUGUAACUCUGGAUGAGUGGAAAAAGAAACUGGAGUCUCCCAACAGAGAAAUCAUUAUAUUACACAAUCCAAAGCUGAUGGUGCAUUACCAACCAGUUGCGGGGUCCGAUGAAUGGGGCUCAACACCCACCGAGCAGGGUCGACCAAGAACAGUGAAGAGGGGGGUUGAGAACAUCUCUGUUGACAUUCACUGUGGGGAACCUUUACAAAUAGACCACUUGGUUUUUGUAGUCCACGGGAUUGGACCAGCUUGUGAUCUCCGCUUCCGAAGCAUUGUACAGUGCGUUAAUGAUUUUCGCAGUGUUUCCUUGAACCUGCUACAGACACAUUUUAAGAAAGCCCAAGAAAAUCAGCAAAUUGGGAGGGUAGAAUUUCUUCCAGUCAACUGGCACAGUCCUUUGCAUUCUACUGGCGUGGAUGUAGAUCUGCAGCGGAUAACACUGCCCAGCAUUAACCGCCUAAGACACUUCACCAACGACACAAUUCUGGACGUCUUCUUCUACAAUAGCCCCACCUACUGUCAGACAAUUGUGGACACAGUUGCUUCUGAAAUGAAUCGAAUAUACACACUUUUUCUGCAGAGGAACCCUGAUUUCAAAGGGGGUGUAUCCAUUGCCGGUCAUAGUCUAGGUUCGCUUAUAUUGUUUGAUAUCCUAACCAAUCAGAAAGAUUCUUUGGGGGAUAUUUACAGUGAAAAGGAUUCACCAGAUACUGUCAUGGAUCGAGGAGAUACACUGACACUAGAGGAAGAUUUGAAGAAACUUCAACUCUCUGAAUUCUUUAAUAUCUUUGAGAAGGAGAAAGUAGAUAAGGAAUCGCUGGCUUUAUGUACAGACAAAGAUCUUCAGGAAAUGGGAAUUCCCUUAGGACCAAGAAAGAAGAUACUAAACUACUGGAGGACCCGAGAAAAUUCAAUGGGUAUUCGUAGACCAACCCCACUGUCAGCCUCAGGGGCAAAUACAUCCAACAUCUCCAAAGAAUCGGGGUUCUGCAGUAUGGAAACUGGACGUGCUGAUGGCCUGGAUGUCGGUAUUGGGCAGGUGUCUGUAAAGUAUCCCCGGCUCAUCUAUAAACCAGAAAUAUUCUUUGCCUUUGGAUCGCCCAUUGGGAUGUUCCUCACGGUCCGAGGACUGAAAAGAAUUGACCCAAACUACAAAUUUCCAACAUGCAAAGGUUUCUUCAAUAUUUAUCACCCUUUUGACCCUGUGGCCUAUAGGAUUGAACCAAUGGUGGUCCCAGGAGUGGAAUUUGAGCCAAUGCUGAUCCCGCAUCAUAAGGGCAGGAAGCGGAUGCACUUAGAGCUGAGAGAGGGUUUGACCAGGAUGAGUAUGGACCUCAAGAACAACUUGCUAGGUUCACUGCGGAUGGCCUGGAAGUCUUUCACCAGAGCUCCUUACCCUGCCUUACAAGCUUCAGAGCCUGCAGAGGAAACUGAAGCAGACCCUGAAUCGAGUUCAGAGAAGCCCAGUGAUGCGAACACAGAAGAGGCCUCUGGGGGAGUUAACGAAGAAGUCCCACCCAUCAGCGUGGGAAUGCUGAAUGGGGGCCAACGCAUAGACUAUGUGCUACAGGAGAAGCCCAUCGAAAGUUUUAAUGAGUAUUUAUUUGCUUUACAAAGCCAUCUCUGCUACUGGGAGUCUGAAGAUACAGUAUUGCUGGUCCUCAAAGAAAUCUACCAAACCCAGGGUAUCUUCCUUGAUCAGCCUUUACAGUAAAAAUGACCAUCUGGCUGCUGAGUGUAAGUCUUUAAAUGUAAAAGAAUGCAGUAUUCUUCCUACAUACUAACCUGUUAUAAGGAACAGUGGAGCCUCAUGCUCUUUAUAAAUGUACUUUUCUGUUGCCUGUCACCAAGAUUUAGAUUGUUACUCAGUUUUACCCAGAGGAGGGUUAGUGUGUGGGUUUUGCUGAUGAUCAGGUCCAGUAACACUUGUCAGCAGUUAGCAUUUUAAUUACAAAGAACCCAGUUUGAGAUUUAAGUUUGUGAGUCUCCCAGCUUUGUGUAUCUGGCAUCUGUGUCACACUGCGGCCUUCUCCCCGUCGCCUCCCAGUUUGUGCGGCCUGAUGAUGUCUUUUCCACUCUGCCCCCCAGAUGGACGGUGAAGGUCCCUCCCCAGGAAAUCCACCCAUUUGUGCUGCACUUUUCCUGUCCUCAGCUGCAUCAUUUCCUGCAUGUUGCCUGCACUUACUCACCACUGGGGUCUUUGGAAGUGAGCGGAAAACCAAAGGGAAGAGCCCACAACACCUACCGCUGGCUUCAUGGGGACGCUUGCCAGGCUGCUUCAUAGCUGGAUGUGGUUUGCAUUUUUAAUUCCUCAAAGAUAGUGUGUCGGUGCCACACUUCAUUGCUUCCUACUUGAGGUGGUAUAAAGUCUGCUUUGAGUUUGAUUUGGGUCCGAGUUUUUCUAGGAAAUGUUUUAGUUCAGAAGCAGCCUCCUGAGGUUCAGAAGGCAGUUGGGAGUACAGCAGGCUUAGCUCCUGGUGGUGGUGCCUGCAUCUGAAGCCUAAGUGGAUAUGGAAGAUCACUGGGUAGCCAGGUUGCUUUGAGUCAGCUUUUCUUUCCUGCCAGUACUGUGUGCAGACAGACUGAAAUAUAGCUUAAAGAGAAUCUUGUUUUCUCUUUACAGCUGACAGAUUCACUGCUUGGAAUUACUGAUGCUGUUGUUUUUACAGCUGUUUGAGCUGCUCAAAGAGUCUCAAGUAGGCAAUCUAGUUCAUAUUAGGUGCCUCUUUAUAAAGCAAAGGUGUAACAUAUCCUAGACCUGUCCUUUCAUAUCAUACUUCAGCUCAGAGACUUUAGAUGCAGGCUGAUUUAAGUCACUUGAAUAGCAGCUUCUGUUCUUAAGUUGAGAGUAGUUAUAAAAGCUGACAGACCUUGACAGGCUGCUUCGGUUAUAAAUGAUCUUUUAGUGGUACAAUUAGAGAAGCUGUAUAAGUCACUUGCCACAUCUCCCAGGCGUGUUCUUGUUAGACGCAGUUUGUAAACAUUGCUGCCUCCGCAGGUCCCGCAUCCUGAGCGUUCAAGGCCCAGGCAGCGGGCUGGGGCGGGGGUAGCAGGUAGGUUGGCCGUGGGGGAAGUGCCUCUUAUGCUGAAAGAAAAAGGGUGACCGUAGACUAGUUUUCUUUCAGGGCAUCUGCUCAGCACCAUGCUGUGCGUCUCCCCUGCUCACUGACAGCAGUGUCUCCACAGUUCCCGUGGGGUGGUCCUGGUGUCCCUCAGCCGGCUGCAGGCCUGUGUGUGCCAAGUGGCACGCACGGGCAAGCAAGCUGGUUUUUAUAAAUGAUUUUUGUGAAUGCAUCAUGGUGUCCAAGGCCGUGGCAUUUAACAUUCAUUUAAGCCAUCUCCUUGGCAGCUGUGGGCUUUUCCCUUGAGCCUGGCCUUUCCUUGUCUAUCUGCUGACGCAGCCAGUAGGCUUCAGACAGAUGGGACAGUCCACAUACGCUCAUGUUAAUGUGAGUGUCCUGAGGAUCAGCAUUCGGUGCGUCUUAAAGGGGAGCUUUUGUCAGGCUGCUGUCUUCAAAUUUAAAUGUGCUCCUCACGAGCAGGGUAGGUGCUCCGUCAGGGGAAACCAAAGGACGAGCAGGAGUGGGUCCUGUUGAUCAAAGACGGGCAGCGCCAGCCCGGACCGCCAGAGGAGCCACUGUAUGUGCAGAGAAAUGUUUCUUUCCUGGUGGGGAGGGGCAGGCAACUAAGAGAGCCGAGCUGCUUGUGUCCCGCCUGUGGUGGUGUCAUGGCUGGACAUUGCCCAGGUGACAGGCCUGACUGAAAACCUUCCCUCAGUUGUGUGUCACUUGCACUACUUCCAUUGUGUACUGUGUAUGAUCUCCUGACCAAGCCCAUUUUUAAACUCUGGUAGAUAUAAUUUUAUACGUGUUCCCAGCUACAGAAUUGGUAAUGCUUAUCUCAGCAAGAGAGACUGCAUGGAAAGAUUAAUAGCAUUGAUUAGCCUUCUAAUAUUUUGCACUUUUUGAAAUGUUUGUUUUUUUAUGUGAGUAUAUUUAAAACUUUAGUAAAUACUGAAAUAAAACCAUAUUGACCAGUU